CUGUGGUGAGCAGGUGGAUUGGAUCUUGAGCAGAUUGACAGUGAUUUUAAUCUCAUUAAGAGCGGCCGUCACAUGUGCACAGAUUGAGUUUGUGUGUUGUCUGUGAGGACAUCGUGUGUGUUGAUCAUCGACGUGUCGGCCGUUCAUGUUGUUGGACUACUGCUGUCGGUGUUGUGGGUUCAGUCUGAUCAAACGUCAUGGACAUCUGCCGCUCAACACUCCACUGCAUGACACCUGGGCUGUUCUUCAGAAUCUCUUCAUGUGUAUGUUGUGCUUCUACUCUUUAUAUUACAUUGUGGUCAGUCUGUGCAUCGGCAUUUUCAGGGUGGACGAGGUCGACAGUUUGUUAGCACCAUUUGACUACACAACUCAACCAUCAUGGCAAAGCCCCAAAUAUUUAGUGAGUGUGAUCUCGACAGAAGUGACAUACACUGUUGGUGGUCUGAUAUUUGCCUGGAUUGUGGAGGAUUGGGUGUGGGAUUACGCCAUCACUGUCACUCUUCUACACAUCGGACUGACCGUAGCCGUUAUGGCUGACUUUCCAUCCGCUGAACAUUGGUGGAUUGCUCUUGGCUCUGGUUUACUCAUGAUGAUUUUUGGAGGACAGCUCUUAGCGUACAGACUCUUCAGAAAUGAUUUUGUUCAUCCUGCAGAUCUUCAGGAUUUCUGAGUAGCUCCUCAUUGCAGAACGUAACAUCCAGGUGGAAAUGUUGGAUCCAGAUCAAGUCUCCUCCCAUUGCAUUGUGAUUGGUCAACACUGGAUCCAGUCACUUUCCACUGCGUUUUGAUUGGUCGACAGAUUUCUGGA